CUUGGGGGAGGGACCCCAAGCAUUACUUCCCUCCCUGCGCCAUAAAUCCCUCCCACCGCCGCCUCCCCCCGCUGCUACGCGUCCCCCACCUCUGAGCUGUGCCAUAGCUGUCCUCCUCUCCACUCCACUCACCUCUCCACCUCCCAAGAACUCCCAAAUCCCACCCCGCAUUGCCAUUUCCAGCUGUUGUUCUUGAUUCCUUGUUCUUCGGCGAUCAUUUCGGCUUCUUUUUUGUGGUGGUAUGAGAGUUUCGCGAUGAGGAAGGAGGUGGUGUUAGUGGCCAUGGUGGUGGUGGUGGUGGUGAGCUGGGUCGUUGCUGCCGGCGGCGAGGCGGCGGCGGCGGCGGCGGCGGUGGUGGUGGACCCGGCGUGGAGGUUUCCGAGCGCGAGGCUGCGUGACGCGUACGUGGCGCUGCAGACGUGGAAGCAGACGGCCAUCUUCUCCGACCCCAAGAACCUCACCGCCGACUGGGUCGGCCCCGCCGUGUGCGCCUACACCGGCGUCUUCUGCGCGCCGCUCCCCGGCGCCGGCGGCGCGCCGGGGGAGGUCGCCGUCGCCGGGGUUGACCUCAACCACGGCGACAUCGCGGGGUACCUCCCCGCCGAGCUCGGGUUGCUCACCGACCUCGCGCUGCUCCACCUCAACUCCAACCGCUUCUGCGGCCUCGUCCCGGACGCCCUCCGCCGCCUCCGCCGCCUCCACGAGCUCGACCUCAGCAACAACCGCCUCGUCGGCGCCUUCCCCUCCGCCGUGCUCGACCUCCCGGCGCUCAGGUUCCUCGACCUCCGCUACAACGACUUCGAGGGCGCCGUCCCGCGCCAGCUGUUCGACCUCCCGCUCGACGCCAUCUUCCUCAACCACAACCGCCUCCGCUUCGCCCUCCCCGACAACUUCGGCAACUCCCCCGCCUCCGUCAUCGUCCUCGCCGGCAACCACUUCGGCGGCUGCCUCCCGGCGAGCCUCGGGAACAUGUCGGCCACGCUCAACGAGAUCCUCCUCAUCAACAAUGGCCUCGACUCCUGCGUCCCGCCCGAGGUCGGCUUGCUCCGGGAGGUCACCGUGUUCGACGUCAGCUUCAACUCGCUCGCCGGCCCGCUCCCGCCGGAGGUGACCGGGAUGCGGAAGGUGGAGCAGCUCGACGUCGCGCACAACCGCCUCGCCGGCGCCGUGCCGGAGGCCGUGUGCGACCUGCCCCGCCUCAAGAACUUCACCUUCUCCUACAACUACUUCACCGGCGAGCCGCCGUCCUGCGCGCGCGUCGUGCCGGCGGCCGACGGCGACCGCCGGAAUUGCCUCCCCAACCGCCCCUACCAGCGCACGCCGCGGCAGUGCGCCGCGUUCUACGCCGCGCCGCCCGUCGACUGCGCCGCGUUCCAGUGCAAACCGUUCGUCCCCUCGCCGCUAUUGCCGCCACCUCCGCCGCCCGCAUACCCCGGCCCAUUGCCGCCGGUGUACCCCGUCCCAUACGCCUCGCCGCCGCCACCGCCGCUUUACCGAUGAUUCUUUCACAAGACAAACAUUGCCACCUUCCCCCCCUCGCCGUCGAAAUGGAAGAGAAAACCGACGAGCUCGCCGUUCACAAUUGUACGUGGUCAAUUGUUGUUAUGCUUACAUUAGUAGAGUUCUUGAUUGAUGAUAGCUACCGGCGUAAACAAGAGUAAAGUGCCAUAUAUAUAUCAUCACUUAGUUGAUUUUGCAUUGGUUGGUGUCUGUUCUUCUGCGUCGUCGUCAUCGUCAUCAACUGGCCUGAAUUUUCGCGGUGAUGGCGAAAUGGGUUGGAGGUAGGUGAUGUGGGGGGAGUUUGGCUUUGCAAGGAGGGAGCAAUCUGAGCUUUAGGUUUAUGGCUAAUUGCGAUAAUUGGGUUGUGAAUAAUAAGCUGUUUGAGAGAGACAGGUUUAAGGUGAUGAAUUGAGGAGGAUUUGAGUGUUGCAGUGUUAUUAUUUCGGGUUGUAUAGAGUGAAGCUUUUGAUGGUUUCUUCUUCAGUGAAAGCUUCAGCUGAGAGCCGGGGGAUAUGUUUUUAGAUCAAGAAAUCUUUCCUAAUUAAAUUACUUUUGUAUCACACCUACUUACUGUUAUUAUUCGAUUAUUAUUAUUAUGAUAUUCAGUCUGGAUUCUUGGAUUUUUA